CAGCAGUUAGAGCAGUCUUGUGACUUCUAUCAGUGUUCAGUAGAGAACUGGUUAAAUCUCCUAGAUUGUAAGCUCGAAAGAGCAGGGCCCUCAAUCCCCUCAUGUUUUGCAUUGUAUUGGUAUUGUUCUGUCACAUGUUCUGUCCCCCUUUGUAAUAAAAACAAAAACCUCUCUAGCAAUACACACCAAACUGAGCAUGUGCAGUGUCUCCGAAUGAUAUGUCUUAUCAGGAGAUAAGAGGGAGACACUGGAAGAACAGGAGGAUCAGAGAAGUCAGGAUCAAACAUCGU